AUGGCUGGAAAAAGGAAUAGACACAAUAGGAAUAUUCCUAUGGAUCUUGAUGAAUCGCAUGAUGAAAUGGUAGAUCAGUAUAAUGAAAAUAGCGAUGGUGUUGAGUCAAAAAGACCGAGACGAGUAAUUUCUUAUAAUGAGGACGAUGAAGAAGAUAAGGAAGAAGAUAAGUAUGAGGUUCUCAACGAAGAAAACGGUGAAAGUUCUACCGGUGGGGAAAAUGUUACAGGGGCAUCAACGACGAGAACUAAAUACAAGUUUACAAAUGAAGAAGAUACUGGCGAACCUGGUGACGAGGUUGAGGACGAAGAUGCAUCAUCGGUAUCAGAAGAAGUGAAGGAUGAUAAUGAAGAGGAAUAUGUUGAGGAUGAAGAUGAUGACGACGAAGACAAUAUACCUCGGAGAAGGAGGAAAGCCAGAAGAACACAAGUAUCUGAUGAAUCUGAUUUUCAUGAUUCAGCUAGUGAAGCAUCAGACGACUUUCUAGAAAAAUUGCAAGAGAAAAAAUUCAUCGCUUCGGAAGAUGAUGAGGAUAACAAUUAUGGGUACACCAAACGUCCCAGAAGAGGUAGAAGACUUCGUUCAAGAUCAAAAUCGGUAGAACCUAGGAGACGGGGCCGCUCAGCUAAAUUGGCUCUGAACGAAGAAAAUGAACCAAAUGAUUCCGCUGAGGAUGAGGAUAGCAUUCAAAAGGAAAUUGAUGAAUUAUAUGAUUCUUCUCCAAAUAACACUCCAAUGAAACAUAAAUUACGAGAAAGGGACAACAAAGUGGACUAUACAAUACCACCUCCAAUGACAAAUGAAGCUCAUGGGGAUUCAUAUAAUGCUGGUCCUAUAAUCCCUCCAUUUUCUAGGGGGAGGGGUCGCAAGCCAACAAAUAUUAAAAACGAAUAUAGGAAAAUUCUCUUUCCAACGGCUGGUCCUUUCGGUGGAAGCGAUGUAAUCUCAUUAUUUGGUACUAAUAUACCUCCCGGUGGGAUUCCAAUUCCUGGUAUGACAAAUGACAAUAAUUUGACAGCAAUUGGGCAAAAUGUGAGUGAUUCAGAUUCCUCUGAAGAUGAAAUAGCCCCUAUAAAUGGGGAAGCUACUGUAUCGAAGAAGAUCGGCAAGCCUAUAAAUAAUAAUACAAAUAACGGUACGCAAUUGAUUACUGGUGGUUCAUCUGAGUCGAAAGAUAAAAAGAAAAAUAAUUUGAGUGAUACGGAUCCGUUGGGCGUGGAUAUGAAUAUUGAUUUUUCUGUAGUAGGUGGUUUAGAUAACUAUAUCAAUCAAUUGAAAGAAAUGGUCGCAUUACCUUUACUCUAUCCAGAAUUAUAUCAAAACUUUGGCAUAACUCCACCAAGAGGUGUGCUUUUUCAUGGUCCACCAGGAACUGGUAAAACGUUAAUGGCUAGGGCAUUGGCAGCUAGUUGUUCCACUGCUCAACAAAAGAUUACUUUCUUUAUGAGAAAGGGAGCAGAUUGUUUGAGUAAAUGGGUAGGAGAAGCAGAAAGACAGUUAAGAUUGUUGUUUGAAGAGGCUAAGAAUCAGCAACCGGCAAUUAUAUUCUUCGACGAAAUUGAUGGUUUAGCACCUGUGAGAUCUUCCAAACAAGAGCAAAUACAUGCAAGUAUUGUUUCUACUUUGUUAGCCUUAAUGGAUGGAAUGGACAACAGAGGUCAAGUUAUUGUCAUUGGUGCCACCAAUAGACCGGAUUCGGUUGACCCAGCCUUGAGAAGACCAGGGAGAUUUGACAGGGAAUUUUACUUUCCGUUGCCAGAUAUAAACGCAAGAAAAGAAAUUUUGCAAAUUCAUACAAGAAAAUGGUCUCCAGCUUUACCUGAAGAAUUCACGAAUAAAGUCGCCGAAUUAACGAAGGGAUAUGGAGGAGCAGAUUUACGAGCCCUUUGUACGGAAGCAGCUUUGAAUAGUAUCCAAAGAAAGUAUCCUCAAAUUUAUAAGACAAAUGAUAAAUUACAAGUAGAUCCUUCUAAGAUUAAAGUUGUCGCAAAAGAUUUUAUGCAAGCAAUCGAAAAGAUUGUUCCUUCAAGUGCUAGAUCAACGUCUUCGGGCUCUGCACCAUUACCAAAUCAUUUAAAACCUCUCCUAGAAAUCCCACUCGCAGAAAUCACCGAUAAACUAAAUGAUUUACUUCCUAAUUCAAUUUCAGUGGGAAAUAAGAGAAAGGUUACCACUCUAGAUGAGGCCAUGUAUUUAGAUCCUACUGUUAAAGAUAGCGAUGGAGGGUUUUCGAAACAAGAAUUAUUGAAGAAUUUAGAGAAUUCACGUAUUUGCAAACCGCAUUUGCUAAUUUGUGGAAAUCAAGGAAGUGGCCAGCAAUAUAUUAGUGCCGCUAUAUUAAAUUACUUGGAAGGGUUUCAAGUACAAUCUCUUGAUAUGGGCAACAUGUUUGGAGAUCCAACUAGAACUCCAGAACUGAGCAUUGUUCAAGCAUUCAUUGAAGCCAGAAGACACCAACCAUCUAUAGUAUUCAUUCCAAAUAUUGAUAUAUGGUUUAAGGUGGUUCCUUUUACUGCUCAAGCGACAUUGACUGGGUUAUUGAGGUCCCUUAAGAGUAAUGAAAAGGUUUUAUUAUUGGCAAUCUCUGAGACAAAUAUGGAUAACUUGGACCCAGAAAUUAAAUCAAUAUUCGGGUUCAAUCAUUCUGCUAAUAACGUAACAUUGAAUAACCCUUCAACUAAGGAGAGAUCAAAAUAUUUCAAUGCAUUGAAAAAUACUUUAUUAAUGAAGCCAUAUGAAUUUGUCAAUGAUUUAGAGAAUAGACCAAAGAGAAAGUUGAAGACAUUAAAGGUUGUUCCUUCCAUCAAAAACGAAAAUGAUGACGUUCUUACUAAGAAGAAACUAAAGCAAAUUGAGUAUGAUGAUACCAAGUUAAAGAACAUAUUGAAAAUUAAGUUAGCAGGGUUGAUGGACUUAUUCAAAAAUCGCUAUAAGCGAUUCAGGAAACCAGUGGUGGAUGAAGUUUUACUAUACCACUUAUUUGAGCCUACUAUCUUGCAGAAUCCGUUGAACAACUAUGAAGUUUUGUAUGUUAGAUCUGAAGAUCCAGAUAAGGAAAAUAUGAUUAAGGAAAUUUCGACGGGAAAAUAUUACUAUAACAUGGAUUUGGAUAUCAUAGAAGAAAGACUUUGGAAUGGUUAUUACUCUGAACCUAAGCAAUUUUUAAAAGAUAUUAAGAUGAUUGUCAGAGAUUCAAUAACUUCUGGAGAUAGAGAAAGAAUAUUGAAAGCAAACGAAAUGUUGACUAAUGCUCAAUUUGGUAUCGAUGACUUUUGCAAUCCGGAAUUUGUUAAAUCUUGUAAAGAAAUGAGAAGCAGAGAAGUAGAGAAACAAGCGAAUAUUCUUAAAGAACAUCAAAGGCUAGAAGCUGAGUUUAGGAAAAAGCAGCUUGAAAAUAUUCAGGAUUUAACUAAUUUGAAUGGCGGAAACAAUGAAGAAGGCUCUACCGAAACCGCGCCUAUGGAUGUGGAUACAGUUGAUAACGGACAAAUUUUAGAUGGAAGUGCUAACACAGAAAUAAUACCAGAUGGUGAUAGUCUUCAAAUAAAGGACAAUAAUACAAAUGUGGAUGAAAAACAUGUGCAGCCUACUGCUCAUGAUCAAAAUGAAAUGGGCGACGGAGAAAUAUCUCACGUCUCUGAUAAUGAAACCAAAGAACAAUUGGAACCUGAAGACGAAUCUGAACCUGAAGAAGAAUUACUCGUAGAUUUAUCCAAGGAAGUAAUUAUCCCUAAUGAAGCGGAUGCCUUCUUCAACCAGAUAUUGCCUGAGCUAACAGAAAAUUAUAAUAUUGAAAACUUGGAGGUCGCAAUGGCCAGAUUUAUGGAUAUUAUUUGGGCUGACAGAAGCACCUGGGAUAAAGCUAACACAGUAAGCAAAUUGAUCGAAAGUGCGAAGAUUCUUAGUCAAUUAAUGUCUAAUGGGCACUAG